UAGCUCCUGUCUGACUCCAACGUUCUGAUCUCAGACACGACGUGUUGUGGACAGGGCCUCACGGGAACCGAAGGGACACCAUGGUCCUCAUGAAAUCCGGAUGGCUCUGGAGGCAGAGUUCCAUCCUGAAGCGCUGGAAGCUGAACUGGUGUGACCUCUGGGUAGAUGGGAACCUGGUCUUCUACAAGACCGACAGCCGAAAGGACUACGAGAACCGCGUCAGUCUGAAGAACCAGUGCGUUAAUGUCAAAUCUGGGCUGGAGUGCACGGGCGUCGUUCCUCCUGAGGGCCAUCCGAAGGAGAGCUUGCUGGUGGUGGUUCUGAAAGAUGGAUCCACCAUGGCGAUGUGUGCCAACAGCGAGGACGAAGCCCUGGCAUGGAAGCUGACAUUGAUGGAAGCGAAAAGAAAUCCAGUUUACAUGUACAAUCCUUAUGAUGACGGCUACCAGUUUGUACCUGUAGACAGCCACAACGCCAUCUAUGUCAGUCCGAGUUGUGCUGGAGGAGGCACCCACCACAUCCUGGUCCACCGGGACCCGUACGAUGGAAUCGGGGAACAGGUGGCAUUGGGGCUCCUAGCUGGAAUGGCCGCUGGGGCCGCGAUGCGGUCCUUCCUGUGGAUGCCUUUCUGGUUUUGCUGAAGGGACCCUCAAUUCCCACCUUUUCUCGCACCUUGACUCAUUAGAGCUGCUGCUGUCUGCCUCUCAUCAAAUCUCUUAUAGCAUUUUUGCUUUUCUUCUUACUCUGAGAAAACAAAGAAACAAACAGAAGGGACUGAAGCCGAGACAUCAGUUGAUCCGUGAAUCCCAGCGCCAGUGCAGAUGUCCCUGGUAAAAGUACUGCAAAUCGCCAGUCCGCGUUACAGACGUCAAGACUAUUUUCCAGAUUCUUUACCUGCUGUGUGUCCUUGUGGGUUUUUUUUCUUUUUUUUAUUCAUUUAACCUUCCCUAAUCCCUGUGGGGGCAGCGGAGGACGACACUGGCAGAGCUGACAAUG